CUCACCGAAUCUCCACCCAUCAUCAACGCCGUUAUCAACAGUCGCCAAACCUGCAGCACCGCCUCCGUGAUCAGAAUCAACGAACAGAGUCAAAAUCAGCCCAAGUGCGACACGAUCUCACUUCUUCCCGUCCUCUUCGACGUCCACAGCCGAUCUCCGCCCCCCUCCUGCUCUCCUCGAGGUAAUUCACCCCGCCAUGAUCGCCAAGGACCCCCCGCAGGCUGAGCUUCAUCUCCUUUGCCUCUCAUCGAUUGUCCGAGACCUGGUUGCCGCAUACGAGGGCGCCUCUUCUUCGAACAACUCCGCACCGCCAAACCUACAGCGCCUCCGCGCCAAGUAUGCGCAGAAGUAUGGUCUCAAGGGUGUGCCACGGCUUACGGACGUGCUCGCUGCCGUUCCGGACGAGUGGAAGGACCGCCUCCGGGGCUGGCUCAUGGCGAAGCCGGUGCGCACAGCGUCCGGCGUAGCCGUCGUCGCAGUCAUGUGCAAGCCGCAUCGGUGCCCCCACGUCGCCAUGACGGGCAACAUCUGCGUGUAUUGCCCCGGUGGCCCAGACUCUGACUUCGAGUACUCAACGCAGUCGUACACCGGGUACGAGCCGACGUCUAUGCGCGCCAUUCGUGGACGGUACGACCCAUAUGAGCAGACCCGGGGGCGCGUGGAGCAGCUCCGCAGCCUGGGCCACUCGGUCGACAAGGUUGAGAUCAUCAUCAUGGGAGGGACAUUCAUGAGCAUGCCGGAGGACUAUCGGCACGGAUUUAUUGCUGGUUUGCAUAACGCCCUCAGUGGCGCGACGACCGAGGAUGUCGACGAGGCCGUGAAGUUCUCCGAGCAGAGCAAGACGAAGUGUGUUGGCAUCACGAUUGAGACUCGGCCGGACUAUUGCCUCAAGCCGCACCUCAGCCAAAUGCUGCGAUACGGUUGCACUCGUCUCGAGAUUGGCGUGCAGAGUGUGUAUGAGGACGUUGCGCGUGACACGAACCGCGGACACACGGUGCGCGCUGUGUCGGAGAGCUUCCAGAUGGCCAAGGAUGCCGGCUACAAGAUCGUAGCGCACAUGAUGCCCGACUUGCCGAACUGUGGCAUAGACCGCGACAUCUGGCAGUUCCAAGAGUUCUUCGAGAACCCGGCGUUCCGCUCGGAUGGUCUCAAGCUGUAUCCCACGCUUGUCAUUCGCGGUACUGGUCUGUACGAACUCUGGCGUACCGGCAAGUACAAGAACUACCCUCCCAACCUCCUGGUUGACAUCGUGGCGCGUAUCAUGGCCCUUGUACCGCCUUGGACGCGUGUUUACCGUGUGCAGCGUGAUAUUCCCAUGCCACUUGUGUCGUCUGGUGUGGAGAACGGUAACUUGCGCGAGUUAGCGUUGGGACGGAUGAAGGACUUUGGCGCUGAGUGCCGCGACGUUCGCUUCCGCGAGGUGGGCCUGCACGAGAUCCACAAUCGUGUACGCCCUCAGGACCUCGAACUUCUUCGCCGCGACUACUCCGCCAACGGGGGCUGGGAGACGUUCCUCUCAUAUGAGGACCCCGAGCAGGACAUCCUUGUCGGCCUGCUUCGCCUGCGCAAGUGCUCCGAGGCGACCUACCGCAAGGAACUCGUCGGGAUGCCAGGUGGAUGCUCGCUUGUGCGUGAGCUACAUGUCUACGGAACGGCAGCGCCGGUGCAUACUCGCGACCCGAAGAAGUUCCAGCACCAGGGCAUCGGAACACUGCUCAUGGAGGAGGCGGAGCGGAUUGCGCGUGACGAGCACGGAAGCACCCGUGUGGCAGUCAUCUCCGGAGUAGGCACACGCGACUACUACCGGCGCCUGGGGUAUGUUUUGGAUGGUCCAUACAUGGUCAAGGAUCUGUAAUGGGGCGCAGGUCGCGUGAGAUGAAUGUAGUACAUAUGAGAGAGGAUGCGACCGAGUAACAGAG